CACGUUGAAAUCGUACUCUAGAUUCUAGACAAUUUUUAAUUUGAGAAGUGACAUAAUACAUCAAGAAAUAAAGUUAAAAUUGAUUUUUAAUAAAAAUGACUUCAUAUGGAGUACGAAGUUUGAGCAAAAUAAUUGGCAUUCCAAUAUCAAAAUAUCGUUUGAAUUCCUCAGCCGCAAGUGCAUUCGAUGUACAACACAAAACUCCGUUAAUUAAGAAAAUUAGUCAAAUUCCCAAAGCCCAAUAUGGUGGACGACAUGCAGUUACAAUGUUGCCAGGUGCUGGUAUUGGUCCAGAAUUAAUGCAACAUGUGGCUGAUAUUUUUAAAUUUGCUGGUUGUCCAAUUGAUUUUGAAGUCAUUCAAGUAGACAAACAUUCUCCUGAUGAGGAAAUGGAAUAUGCGACCACAUCAAUUAAACGUAACGGUGUUGCUAUCAAAGGAAAUAUUGAAACUGGAAAGCGAACACUUGGAACAAUUUCACGUAACGUUGCACUUCGUAAUGAAUUAGAUUUGUACGUGAAUGUCUUACAUUGUAAAUCAGUACCAGCGUUAACUGCACGUCAAAAGAAUAUUGACAUAGUAAUUAUUAGACAAAACACUGAAGGCGAAUAUGCUAUGUUAGAACACGAGAGUGCCCACGGUAUUGUUGAAAGUAUGAAAGUAGUAACUGCAUCGAAUUCAGAACGAGUUGCUCGAUAUGCUUUCGAUUAUGCCAGAAAAAAUGGAAGAAAAACAAUUACAACAAUUCAUAAAGCAAAUAUUAUGAAAUUAUCAGAUGGUCUAUUUUUGGAAACAUCUAGAAGAAUUGCUAAAGAGUAUCCAGAUAUUAAUCAUAAUGAUAUGAUUAUUGAUAACUGUUGCAUGCAGUUGGUAUCCAAACCUGAACAGUUUGACGUUAUGAUGAUGACCAAUUUGUAUGGUACUAUUGUCUCAAAUGUGAUUUGUGGUUUAGUCGGUGGCGCUGGUUUAUUAUCAGGAAGAAAUUAUGGCGAUCAUUAUGCGGUUUUUGAACCUGGUACCAGAAAUACGGGUACAGCUAUCGCUGGAAAAAAUAUUGCAAAUCCAAUUGCCAUGUUGAAUGCAAGUGUUGAUAUGUUGGAGCAUUUAGGACACAAACAGCAUGCUGGUAUAUUACGACGAGCAAUUGAUAAAACUAUUAGUAUUGACCGCAUCCAUACACCAGAUUUGGGUGGAACAUACACGAGUACCGAUGUAGUUCAGAGUAUUAUAAAUAAUAUAGCAAACUCAUCUCAACGUGUUUGGGCAGUUUGAGCAUUUUCAAAAAUAUCAGCACAAG